CGAGGUGUGUGCUAUGCCCGAAACCAAACACCAAAAACAGGCUUUUUUUUUUUUGUGUUCUUCCUCGGAGAUGGCACAGCAGAGAGAAGAACAACGACGUUACGGGACCGAAUGAGAAUCGGGGACUCAUCGCCUCCGUAAGAAAACCCUAGAAUUUCUCCAUUGUGUCCUUCUUUGUCUGGACGUUCCCUUUGUGGAACUCAUCUAUGGAGGCUCUCACGGAGCUAUGCGACCUGAUCGCGGAGAAUCCAGAGCAAUUCUCGGAGAAACUCGCAUGGAUUUGCAGCAGAUGCCCCCCACCGGAGUCUCUUCUGGGCGGAUCUCCUAGGGUUUCGCGCUCUCACCUCAAUGCGGUGCUUGCCAUCGCCAGAUUCCUCGCGCGAUGCCCUAAUCAGACGGAUCACCAUCAGCGGCCGCAAUCUAUGGUUCUCGAGUUUCUCCGAUCGGUGCCCUCUUCGUUUAAUCAGUCAUUCUGGCCGCAAUCGUACGGACAGGAUGCGAUUUCGGCGUUUUAUGUUGAUUUUUUGGGGUACGUGGCGAAGGCGACUGAAUUGUCGCCGGAUUUCGCUACGGAGGUGGCCGGAUUCGCCGGAGAAGUUUUGAUCACGGCGCUGAAUCAUGAUGGUGAAGGUUCGGGGAUCUCGAGGGUGUUUUUGAUGGCUUUAUCGCAGAAUUUCCCGCCAAUUUUGCCUUCGGAUGCCGAGAGAUUGGUAACGUCUCUAUUGGAUCAGUUUGUGGUCUCCGUCCCGGUAUCCGCUCCCAUGUCGCCGAGGGAGGCAGGAGCGGCAGCAUCCGAAACGUCGACGUCGUCUGCCCAGAGCUCGCCGAUUAGUGUCAACCAUUAUCAGCCGAAUGAUAGUUCAAUGAGUCCGGCCAAUGAAGUUAGCCGUCUAUCAGGUUCUUCUAGUGCUGCAAGCGCGUCCUCCAAGGGGUCCGUGGUGAUAAAUGGGGGAAGUGUUGCGUUGAAAAGCAGCAUUGAACAAUUUGGGGUGAGUUAUGCGUUUGGUGAUGGAGGGGGUGGUGCGGCCAUGUUGAGGCAACAUGUUUCGUCGUUCGAGGAAGAGUCAGUGGAGAGCUUGGAGAAGCAAGAGAUUGCAUUCGAAUUGAUAGGGCACAUACUGGAUAAAGUUCAUAUUGAUCCUAAGCUUGUAGAGCAGGUUAGGUUAAUUGCAAAGAAACAGCUUCAAUCCUUGUCAGCUUUUCUGAAGAUAAGGAAGCGGGAUUGGACAGAACAGGGACCGCUACUAAAAACCCGAAUAAACACAAAGUUAUCUGUAUUCCAGGCUGCAGCAAGGUUGAAAAUUAAGAGUCUUUCAUCCCUUGAUUCUGAAGGAAAAUCCUCUAAGAGAUUGCUGCUUGAAACUCUUGCAUUGCUGGUAGAUGCUUCUGAAGCAUGUUUACUAUCAGUGUGGAGAAAGUUGAGAAUUUGUGAAGAGCUAUUCAGCUCUUUGCUAGCUGGAAUUUUGCAAAUUGCUUUAACUCGUGGAGGCCAGCUGUUAAGGGUUUUGCUUAUUCGUCUCAAAUCUCUUGUGCUGACUGCAUGUGCACAGGCUGAUACUUGGGGUAAUAGUCAGGGAGCCAUGUUUGAGAUUGUCAUGAAGACAAGUUGUGAGAUAAUUGAAUUUGGUUGGAUCAAAGACAGGGCUCCUGUGGACACUUUCAUCUUGGGAUUAGCUUCAAGUAUUCGUGAACGGAACGAUUAUGAGGAACAGGAUGGGAAAGAAAAACAGGCAACUCCUGUUGUGCAGCUUAAUGUUAUACGCUUGCUGGCUGAUUUGAAUGUUUCCAUUAACAAGUCUGAAGUGGUAGACAUGAUAUUGCCGCUAUUUAUUGAAAGCUUGGAAGAGGGUGAUGCUUCGACUCCUAGCUCAUUACGACUCCGAAUUCUUGAUGCUGCGUCUCGCAUGGCUAGUUUAGGUUUUGAAAAGUCCUACCGUGAGACAGUUGUUCUGAUGACGAGAAGUUAUUUGAGUAAACUUUCUAGUGUAGGAUCUGCAGAAAGCAAAACGUUAGCUCCAGAAGCCACUACAGAACGUGUUGAGACUCUUCCUGCAGGGUUUCUUCUGAUUGCUAGCAAGCUUGCGAAUGCUAAAUUGCGGUCAGAUUAUCGACACCGUUUGCUGUCUUUGUGCUCAGAUGUAGGGUUGGCUGCAGAAUCCAAAAGUGGAAGGAGCGGAGCAGAUUUUCUGGGACCUUUACUUCCUGCUGUUGCUGAAAUAUGUUCUGAUUUUGAUCCUACUCUAGAUGUGGAACCUUCAAUUCUAAAAUUAUUUAGGAACUUGUGGUUCUAUGUUGCACUUUUCGGGCUAGCCCCUCCCAUACAGAAAAAUCAGCCUCAGAUAAAGUCAGUUUCAACAACUCUGAACAGUGUGGGUAGCAUGGGUGCACUUGCUCUUCAGGCUGUGGGUGGACCAUACAUGUGGAAUACUCAGUGGUCUGCUGCAGUUCAACGAAUUGCUCAGGGGACCCCACCCCUUGUUGUUAGCUCAGUAAAAUGGCUUGAAGAUGAAUUGGAACUUAAUGCUCUUCACAAUCCUGGAAGUCGUCGAGGGAGUGGAAACGAGAAAGCUGCUGUAGCCCAAAGAGCUGCUCUUUCUGCUGCUUUAGCAGGACGAGUUGAGGUUACUGCAAUGAGCACAAUUUCAGGCGUCAAGGCUACCUAUCUCCUUGCAGUAGCUUUUUUGGAGAUUAUACGAUUCAGCAGCAAUGGUGGCAUACUUAACGGUGGUGGUGCCAGUUUGAAUGCUUCUAGAAGUGCCUUCAGCUGUGUCUUUGAGUACCUCAAAACUCCAAAUCUUAUGCCAGCUGUCUUCCAGUGUUUGACAGCAAUAGUCCACACAGCAUUUGAAACAGCAGUAUCAUGGCUGGAGGAUCGAAUAUCUGAUACCGGAAAUGAAGCUGAGAUCAGAGAAUCUACUCUUUCUGCUCAUGCCUGUUUUCUCAUAAAGAAUAUGUCUCAAAGGGAGGAACACAUUCGAGAUAUCUCUGUCAACUUGUUGAGUCAACUUAGAGAAAGGUUUCUUCAGGUUCUAUGGAAUUCCUCCUGUCUGGAUUCCCUGCUAUUUUCAGUUCAUGAUGAGUCGCCUUCUGCUCUUUUCAAUGAUCCUGCUUGGGUAGCAACCAUACGUUCUUUAUAUCAAAAGGUUGUUCGAGAGUGGAUCAUAAAUUCACUUUCAUAUGCUCCAUGCACCAGCCAGGGUCUUCUUCAGGAAAAGCUUUGUAAAGCAAACACAUGGCAGAGAGCUCAGCAUAAGCCUGAUGUGGUCUCUCUUCUAUCUGAGAUACGGAUUGGCACUGGGAAAAAUGAUAGUUGGAUAGGUACACGAACAGCAAAUGUUCCUGCAGUUAUUGCUGCAGCUGCUGCGGCAUCAGGAGCAAACUUUAAAUUGACAGACGCCUUCAACUUGGAGGUUCUAAGUACAGGAAUAGUCAGUGCAACAGUUAAGUGCAAUCACGCUGGAGAAAUUGCUGGAAUGAGAAGGUUUUACGACAGCAUUGAUGGAUUUCAACCUGGUGCUGCCCCAACAGGCUUUGCUCUUGGCCUUCAAAGGUUGAGAUCUGGAGUGUCUCAUCAACCACAGCCUGAGAAUGAGUCUUUUAAUGAAAUUUUGCUUAACAAAUUUGUGCGUCGACUUCAACAAUUUGUUAACAUUGCAGAGAAAGGUGGGGAAGUGAAUAAGUUGUCAUUUCGUGAAAUUUGUUCUCAGGCAACUGCAUUGCUUCUCUCAAAUCUGGGCUCUAACUCAAAAUCGAAUCUAGAAGGCUCCUCACAACUUCUACGUCUUCUUUGUUGGUGUCCGGCUUACAUUUCCACCCCGGAUGCAAUGGAAACUGGUGUAUUCAUUUGGACUUGGUUAGUUUCUGCUGCACCUCAACUGGGAUCUCUUGUCCUUGCUGAGCUUGUUGAUGCAUGGUUGUGGACAAUCGACACAAAACGUGGUCUCUUUGCGUCUGAAGCAAGGUAUUCAGGACCAACUGCAAAAUUAAGGCCUCAUCUUUCCCCUGGAGAGCCAGAACAACAGCCAGAAAAGGAUCCUGUUGAACAGAUAAUCGCUCAUAGACUCUGGCUUGGGUUCUUGAUUGACCGCUUUGAGGUAGUUAGGCACAAUAGUGUUGAACAACUCUUGCUUCUUGGUCGAAUGUUACAAGGGACUGCAAAACUACCUUGGAAGUUUUCACGCCAUCCUGCAGCUACUGGUACUUUUUUCACUGUCAUGCUUCUUGGGCUCAAAUUCUGCUCAUGCCAGUCUCAGGGCAAUCUGCAGAGUUUUAAAACUGGGCUUCAGCUGCUAGAAGAUCGGAUUUAUCGGGCUUCUUUGGGCUGGUUUGCUAAUGAACCUGAAUGGUAUGACAUGAACAACAUAAAUUUUGCCCAGAGUGAGGCUCAAUCUGUUUCUAUAUUUGUUCAUUAUCUUUCAAAUGAACGGGUGGAUACUGUUCAAUCAGAAUCAAAAAAGGGUGUGCGUGAAAAUGGGAGCUCUUUGGGUGAUGUGAAGGAUCAAUAUCACCCUGUUUGGGGACAGAUGGAGAACUAUGCUGCUGGAAGAGAAAAACGUAAGCAGUUGCUUUUGAUGCUAUGCCAGCAUGAAGCUGAUAGACUUCAUGUUUGGGCACAACCCACCAACUCAAGUUCAUCUUCUCGGCUGAAAAUUAGCUCAGAGAAAUGGAUUGAGUUUGCCAGAACUGCCUUUUCUGUUGAUCCACGGAUAGCUUUAUCCUUGGCCUCAAGGUUCCCAACAGUUCCUUCCUUGAAGGCUGAAGUGACUCAGCUGGUUCAGUUGCACAUAAUGGAGCUCCGCUGCAUGCCAGAAGCAUUGCCAUAUUUUGUCACCCCAAAAGCAGUUGAUGAAAAUUCAACACUCUUGCAACAAUUGCCACAUUGGGCAGCUUGUUCAAUUACGCAGGCUCUUGAGUUCCUUACUCCUGCAUAUAAGGGACACCCACGUGUUAUGGCUUAUGUUCUUAGGGUUUUGGAAUCAUAUCCUCCUAAUCGAGUUACUUUUUUCAUGCCCCAGCUGGUUCAGGCUUUACGCUAUGAUGAAGGGCAAAUGCUUUCUCAGAGGUUGGUUGAAGGAUAUUUGCUUAGAGCUGCUCAAAGGAGUGAUAUAUUUGCUCAUAUUCUGAUAUGGCAUCUACAGGGUGAGCAAUAUGGUCCAGAAUUGGGAAAAGAUGCAGCCUCUGCAAAGAAUAGUUCAUUUCAAGCGUUAUUGCCAGUUGUUAGGCAGCGAAUUGUUGAUGGUUUCACCCCCAAAGCCCUUGAUUUGUAUAAUAGAGAAUUUCGUUUCUUUGACCAAGUCACAUCUAUUUCUGGUGUACUUCUGCCACUUCCGAAGGAAGAACGACCAGCUGGUAUCAGGAGGGAAUUGAAGAAAAUUCAAAUGGAAGGAGAAGACCUUUAUCUACCUACUGCUACUACUAAACUUGUCAAGGGUAUUCAGGUGGAUAGUGGGAUAACUUUACAGUCAGCAGCAAAAGUUCCAAUUAUGAUUACAUUUAAUGUGGUUGAUCGGGAAGGGAAUCAUGAUGAUAUAAAGCCCCAAGCUUGCAUUUUCAAAGUAGGAGAUGAUUGUCGGCAAGAUGUGCUUGCUCUACAAGUGAUUUCUCUUCUUCGAGACAUAUUUGAAGCAGUUGGACUUAAUCUCUAUGUGUUUCCUUAUGGAGUUCUCCCAACUGGCCCAGGGAGAGGGAUAAUUGAGGUUGUGCCUAAUUCACGGAGCAGAAGUCAGAUGGGUGAAACCACUGAUGGUGGUCUGUAUGAGAUUUUUCAACAGGACUUCGGACCAGUUGGGUCUCCCAGUUUUGAAAAUGCACGUGAUAACUUCAUUAUUAGCAGUGCUGGUUAUGCAGUUGCCAGCCUAAUACUUCAACCUAAGGAUAGGCACAAUGGGAACCUUCUUUUUGACAAGGAGGGAAGGCUUGUUCAUAUCGAUUUUGGUUUUAUACUGGAAACUUCACCUGGUGGAAAUAUGCGAUUUGAAAGUGCCCACUUCAAGCUGAGCCAUGAAAUGACUCAAUUACUUGAUCCAUCUGGGGUUAUGAAAAGUGAAACCUGGUACAAGUUUGUAAGCUUGUGCGUGAAGGGCUACCUUGCUGCCCGCCGAUACAUGGAUGGGAUUGUGAACACGGUGUUGAUGAUGGUAGACAGCGGAUUACCCUGCUUCAGUAGGGGUGACCCCAUUGGAAAUCUUCGCAAGAGAUUUCAUCCCGAGAUGAGCGACCGUGAGGCAGCCAACUUCAUGAUCCGCACAUGCAUAGAUGCCUACAACAAGUGGACCACUGCUGGGUAUGAUUUGAUACAAUACUUGCAACAGGGCAUCGAGCAGUGAAAGAAAUUUUUUUGGGGCAGGCCUUUUAAUGUACAUUGUGAUCAUAAUUUUAUAGUUGUUAUGGUAUUAUUUGUUAUAUCUGCAAUUUUUCCAGAGGGAUUUCCACAUCGUGAAUGCAGAGGAGUGUUAGUGAAAAACGGUAAACAUGGAAUCGAAGUUCUUUGUAACCUAGUAGUGGGAUUCCUCUCGAGGUUUGUAAAGGUACAGUUUAUAGCUUCUAUUUAUUUUAAAUUUAAUGGAAUUCACAUUUUAUUGCAGCCA